GCUCACCUUUCCCGCAAUCGCGAGGUCGCCUUUCGCGGGGUGGGCGGAGCGUCGACGCGCGCGUCCGCGUCCCGCCGGCGCGUGACCGCGAGCGAGCUGCAUGUGCGUAAGCGCCGUGGACUCGUCGUCACACACACCGGCAGAAGGGCAAGAAGAAGACGAGGAGGACGAGGAGGAAGAGGAGGAAGAGGGGGAAGAGGGGGAGCGAGCGCCGCCAGUCGCACACAACGACAACACUCCACCUCCCGUGAACGCAACACUCGCUCCUCCAUGAGCGCAAGAGCCUCUCUUCUUUUUCUUCUUCUCUUUUCUUCUUCCUGCGAGGAGGAUGUGAGGGGAAAAUGUUUGUCCUCCAGAUGUGCGCCGCCUUCUUCGCCUUCCUGCCGCCGGCCUCUCGGGCCGAUUUGACGUGCGACGCCGUCCUCGUCACGGCUGCCGACACCUCACUCCAAUCGCUGUCGUCCUCCUGGAACGAGACGCUGACGCAGACCAACGCGAGCGUCCAGCCGAGCGGCGCGGCAGACGCGUUCUGCGAGGCGUCCCUGGACGGCAUCGGCACCUGCUGGCCUCGCAGCCCCGCCGCCCGCGUGGUGGCCAGACCUUGUCCCGAGAUGUUCUACGGCGUCAGAUACAACACCACCAACAGCGUGUACAGGAAGUGUCUGUCCAACGGGACGUGGGCGGCGAAGGGCAACUACUCCAUGUGCACGGCCAUCCUGCACCAGGAGAAGAAGGCCAAGAUGCACUACCAGAUGGCGGUGAUCAUCAACUUCCUGGGUCACGCCAUCUCCAUGCUGGCGCUGCUGGUGGCCUUCUUCCUCUUCCUGUGUUUGAGGAGCAUCCGCUGCCUGAGGAACAUCAUCCACUGGAACCUGAUCAGCGCCUUCAUCCUGAGGAACGCCACGUGGUUCGUAGUGCAGCUCACCAUGAGUCCGCAAGUGCACGAGAGCAACGUGGUGUGGUGCCGCCUGGUGACGGCUUCCUUUAACUAUUUCCACUCCACCAACUUCUUCUGGAUGUUCGGCGAAGGCUGCUACCUGCAUACGGCCAUCGUGCUCACGUACUCCACGGACAAACUGCGCAAGUGGAUGUUUAUCUGCAUCGGAUGGUGUAUCCCGCUCCCCAUCAUCGUGGCCUGGGCCGUCGGGAAGCUCUACUACGACAACGAGAAGUGCUGGUUCGGGAAGCGAGCGGGCGUCUACACGGACUACAUCUACCAGGGUCCCAUGAUUCUGGUUCUGGUGGAUCCUGAUGACCAAACUGCGAGCGUCCACCACCUCAGAGACCAUUCAGUACAGGAAAGCGGUGAAGGCCACGUUGGUGCUCCUCCCCCUUCUGGGGAUCACCUACAUGCUAUUCUUUGUCAAUCCCGGCGAGGACGAGAUCUCGCAGCUGGUCUUCAUCUACUUCAACUCCUUCCUGGAAUCCUUCCAGGUGCGCUCGGCCGCCAGGAAGCGCUUCCACCGCUGGCAGGAGCAGCACUCCAUCCGGGCCCGGAUGACCCAGGCCAUGUCCAUCCCCACGUCGCCCUCGCGGGUCAGCUUCCACAGCAUCAAACAGUCCACGUCGCUAUGAAAACCCGGCGCCCGCUUCGCCCGCCCGGCGCCUUUGAUGAACUCGGACGAUUACGGGAGCAAAAGAUGCCCGCUUUGGAUCUGGAACGUGAGUGUGAAUGCGGCGCACGUUCCCGUCCACCAUCUUCCCUCCGGGACUUGGCGGCGCAACGCGAUGGCACGGCCGCCCGUCACCGUCUUUCCGGAAACUUUCAACACAUUCCGCGCUUUCUACCAAAAUCCUUUUCCCGCCUUGAACACGUGCACGCCGUUUGUUUGGGAUCACACGGCAAUGUUGGAAAAUGAGCUGGUGGACGUGUCACUUCCUGCGUCCAAAACAAAUAGCAAAUGCUAAGCUAAGGUAGCAAAUGCUAAUGCAAAGGUAUACGUUAGCAUGUAAGAUGCCUUUCUGCAAGCUGUUGUGUGAAAACGACAGCACGUACCAGACUGGCAGAUAGGACAUUUCCUCCGUCCGAAACAAAAAGCAAAUGUUAAGUCAAGCUAGCAAAUACUAAGCUAUGCAAGCAAAUGCUCAUGCUAAGGUACGCGUUAGCACAUAAGUCUCCUUUCUGCAAGCUGGUGUGUGGAAACGAGAGUGUGUGACUCAUUUCCCGUGUCGAAACCCCAAAGCAAAGCCUAAGUUAAGAUAACAAAUCCUCAGCUAAAUGUUGGAGUUCAAAAAUCUUUUUUCGCAGAAAGCCAAACUGAAUCACUGAGGAGUUGAUUCUGUGUCAACCGCCGUUGCAAUUGUUAGCUAGCUAGCGCCCAGCUCGUUAGCUGCGUGAUGAGCAGACGAGGGUCAAACAAUUAACAAAUAAUUAAUGAGCUAACAAUUAAUGAACUGCACUGGAGAGGCUUCUGGUCUUCUUCUCUUGACAUCAACGUUGCCGUUGUUGUUUACUUACUGGUCGGCCAAUCGGGAACCUCCUUGUAAACCUCUCCGGCCGCAGCGGAACGUCGUUUGCGCGCAUAUAUCCAAAGAUGUGUUUGGAACAAACCACAGAUACGAAGACAAAACACAAAUGCCAACACCCUGUAGCAUCCUGGCUAAGCGACGUGGCUACAUGGCGGACAUGUUGGCGGGGGCGACGUUCCCAUCAAAGGCAAUGCACAAACGUUGACAUUAAGUCGUAACUUUCACGUUUCACAACCGAUUUUCAUGAGGUUUACGUUUUUGUCAACGGCAAAGUGUGUGCUAUCAAUACAAAAAAAAAAAAAGACCCAGAAAUAUUUUUACCUGUGAAAGGUUACUCCCAGUCGCCAGGACUUUGACCUCCUAGCUUAGCGUCGCCGUCGGCACGCAUAUCAAAAGGGGCGUGUCAUAUCUGCCUAUUCAUAUCUGUGGAAUAAAUGCUCAGACGACUUUCCGUAUGCCGCUGCGUACUUCCUGUUACUCACUUCCUGUAGCGUCCUGGCCCCGCUGUUUUUGUUUCCACGUGUGGCAUCAAGUGUGUGAUGUCAUCAACACGCGUCACAUUAUGUGAAGAUUGACACUCGCGUCUUGGUGUGCUAGUUGGUGUUUGUUGUAUUUAUUUGGCUUCUUGACAUUUUCCUAUGGACCCCGGGAGACCACCUGAACAGUUUUUUUUGUUUUUUGUUUUUUAUGUCGCACACACAACUUUAAACUCACGCUUGCAAGAUACGUGAAGCCAGACGCACAGCGAGUGACUCUGCCAAAUACACGGAGUAUGUUUCCAGAUUCAGAUUCGCUGACUAAGUUGGGCGCACCAGAUACAAAAAGUUUGCGGGUGCUACUUGCAAAGUUGCGCUUGCAACAGCCGUGUAUCAGGGUUAGGCCGAAAAUAACAUUUGGCUCUCAUACACACCCAAAAACUCACACACUCACCAAAAGUCUCACCCAACAAAUCUCUCACAAAAAAAUAAAAAAUCACACGAACAAAUCUCUCUCACGCACACCAAAAAAAUAAUUAUAUAUAUAUAUAUAUAUAUAUAUAUAUAUAUAUAUAUAACACUAUACAGCCAAACAAACUCCCUCUAACAAACCUCUCAUGUACACCCAAAAACACACAUUUACACCCCAAAACUCACACAUACAGCCAAACAAACUCUCACACCCAAAAAUCUUGCAUACGCUCCGAAACAACUGACAUCUUGUUUUUGUUGUGAAUGGAAGGAUUUUAGCCACGUGAGUUUUUGGGUAAGUGUGAGAGUUUUUGUGCACGUGAGAGCCUUUAGUGCACCUCGUCAGCACGGCCGGCGCCACGCACUAAGUUGCGCUCUGCAUACGUGUGUGCGCAGUGUUGGCAGGAACUCAUUCCAUGAAAUCUAAUUACGUACAUAAUAGAACUCAUUGUGAUCAUUACAUUACUGGGAGAAAGUGUCUCAUUAAAUGAAAUUUCCAUGAUCACAAUUUUACAUAUGAAAAAUAUUUGGUAAAGUCCACGCUUGUGAUUCGCUCCCUCUGGGCAUGUGCCAUUCUGCCGUAGUCUCAAACAUCACCUUUUUUCCCAGUAUGACCUCCAAGCGCCACCUUGUCGCGCAAUCUGUUAGUUUGACAUUUUGAAAAUGUUCGACUCAGAGUUGAGCACAUUCAAUAACUUUGACUUUUGAACACUAACAUCUUUAUACUUUUUUAUGGAACAUUCCCGUAUUUGGUUGUCAUAUGAAGCGAUAGUGUCGAAAUUGUGCACAUUUGUCAUUAGGUCAACAUGGUAUGGUAUAGUGGUUUUCCACAUUGAAUGCAACAAACCCAUUUUUAAUGAUUUCUUUACAUUUCAUCAUGUUUUGUGAUCAGUUUAUUAUUUGUUUAAAGAACAAAUAUGUGGGUAAUUCCAAAAUAAUGAUCCACUUUUUUGUAGGAAACAUCCAAGGUUCCUGCUGAUGCAAUAAUUCAAAAUUAAGAGGAGUAUCAAAAUGUAAUCAAAUGUAAUUACUUGAGUAAGUCAUUGAAAUAAUGAGAAUUUUCAACAAGGGUAACUAACGAAUUGUAAGCCAUCUCGCAGGAGCGAGCUUUGUCGCGCACGUGCAAGACAAAAAAAACAAACAAACAAAAAAAAAAAAACCUCAAACGUUCAUGUCGUGUCCCGGGUUGUGUGUUGUCCUACUGACUAAUAAAGUGUGUGUAGCAUUGACUCAAAACAAAUAAAGUAGUCUGCUUUA